AGGUCUCUAUAAUACUGAACCAUCGUUGGUGCAUGCUUUGUGGUCAUCAUGUCGUCCAUGAUGAUGUUGGUGGUUCUGCUGGCGGUGACGGUAACGACGGUGGUCGGGUACAGUGACUAUGUCUCUUACGACAUCAAAACUCAGGCUAAAUGUAAGGAGGUGACAAGAAGGGCAACUCGUAACUGUGUUUGGGCGGCCGGACUCAACCUCUUUGCUGACCAGCUGGCCGAGAAUGGAGGUCGGGUUAUCGCCUACAAGAUCCAGUGGUUCGGUGGGGGUUGGUCUGGGUGGUACGUCCCCGGCUUCAACGACAUGGACGUCAAGUUUAACAUCCGGACGUACCGUUGCACGAAACUGCCCUACAGGACCAACACUCUGAGACGGAUGUGGUCGUAUUUCUACGAUCACACACACAAAUUCAUCCUUUGUGAAAAAUAGUAGUAUCGUAAAUCGUGUAUGCGUAUUACUGAUGACGUAAUAAUAAACAGCAGUUAAAAU